AUGGCAGAUUCAAUUAAAAUAGUUCAAUUUUAGGAUAAGUAUAAGGACUAAGUGGUUGACUUAGUAAAAAGAGAAACAGCUGCAAAUGUAGGUGUCAAGAGGCUAAAGUGGAUAACUCUUUUUUUCAAAAGAAAUGGAUUUAUUGUCAGUACCGUUUAUGUGAUGACUACCGUUUAUAUUUUUAACUUUUUAUUAGGCUUAUUCACCAGCAAAAAUAACAUCUUUGUCUCAGCUAUAAUACUCGCUUCUUUUAUCUUCUUUGUGAUAUUACCUUAGCUAUCAAAAAAACUUGCUAAGCAAGCAGUUCAUUACUCAGAAUCUAUUGCUGAAAAUGAUCUCGAUGAUAUUAAAGGCACCUAUUUAGCAUAAGAUGACAAAAACUUCUGGGUUGCUAUCGAUGAAUAUGAUAAUGUUUGUGGAUGUGUUUCUCUUUCAAAUUAAAUGCCCAUGGAAACAUAGUAUCAUUUAGGAAAAUAUAUCAAAGAAAACGAUGGUAUUAAGGUAGCAGAAAUUAAGAGAAUGGCUGUCAAUCCUAACUAUAGAAGAAGAGGUAUUGGAAGUAAGUUGUGUAAUGAAGCUGUAAAUUUUGCAAAAUAAAAAAAUUUUAGAGCUAUUGUAAACACAACAGUAACUCUCAAUUAACCCUUAAUUGGUUUAUAUAAAAAGGCUGGAUUCUUUAAGGUAUCCUCAUUCUUCUUCUAAGUUUUAUGGAAAAUUUUUGGUAUUUAAGUUGAAGUUUAUCUUAAACUUUUAUGA